UAGCAUCAUUCAUCCUUGAAUGUGUUGAAAUGUAAGUAUUUCAUCUUUGAAGUCUUGCAUUGAUUGAAAGAGAGCAGCGUACUAAGGCGGACCCAAUGUGUCAUAGAAGCCAUUUCGUUUUGGACGAGGGAGGUAGAAACAGAACACACAUACAUAUGCACAUCCUGAACUGCCUAAAUCCGUCUCGCUCUUAUGGCACAUUACCACUUUAUUUCACUCUGUUCAGUGCGGUAUCAUCGAAUCGAAAGCAAAGUCGUUGCUCGUUGGCCAAGUUUUAAAGUUGAGCGUGAGCAAAAUCUGUUUCAUAUUGUUAGUGUUUCCUGUAUCGAAUCUUGUAUAUAAACUCCGGAGAGUUGUGUACCUUAACUACGAAUUUGUAUAUACGACUCUUCAUAACAAUAUUUGUGUACAAGAUUAACUAGUGUUGAAUGUUUGUGACUCAAUAACAAAGGCAGAAUUGUUACGCCCUAAAGCAAUAAAUGCUCAAAUCAUGAACGAUCAAGAUUUGGAGCUGAAUUCGACUAGCCAGCAGAGCGCAAUUGUUCACCAGUCCAUCAGCUCGCAUCUAGAGUCGCUGCACCUCCACCCUUCUAAUCAUGUGCAGGCCGAUAGCACAAAUUCGAUCCCUGAAACGGACAACAAGCCUAUCGUCAGCUCUGAUAAGAAGUCGGGUAGCAGGCGGCAAGAUAAGCCGCCUUAUUCUUAUAUCGCAUUGAUCGUGAUGGCCAUCCAGCAUUCUCCGACCAAGAGACUCACUCUCAGUGAAAUCUACUCGUUUCUUCAGCAACGGUUCUCCUUUUUUCGCGGCACUUAUCAGGGUUGGAAGAACUCCGUUAGGCAUAACUUAUCGUUGAAUGAGUGCUUUAUCAAGUUGCCGAAGGCGCUGGGAAGACCCGGUAAAGGACAUUACUGGACCAUCGAUCCUGCCAGCGAAUUCAUGUUCGAAGAGGGUUCCUUCAGAAGGAGACCAAGAGGUUUCAGGAGGAAAUGCCAAGCUAUGAAGCCCCAGUGCCAUCCUGGACCUUACUACAGCGACAAACUUGGAGGUUCAUAUUCUAGAUUAUUCCAUUCAAAUAGGGACAAUUCAGUGAUGCGAAUGACACAGAAAGGAUUUUCAGAAGAUCAAGAGAUACUGAACCAAUCGAGUGAAUACGAUUCACAAACUUUAUUGCAUUCGCAAGAAUACCCAACUUGCACAUACAAUUCACCAUCAACAAUACAAAUACCUUUUUCUCACUAUCCAAACUACGAACAUCGAAACUACGAAGCUUAUCAACAGCAAUGCGAAAGAGAUUGGAAUAUAUCCUCCAAUAUGCUGCCUACACACCUAGAAACCCCAGGGAUGUCUUAUCCGAAGUCGGAACCAACCAACAGUAUGGAAAAUCCGACUUCAACCAUACAACCCUCCAUCCAAGAUGUGUACAGUUACCAGUAUUCUGGAAUAUAUUCGCAAAACGAUAAUGUUAUCCACCGACUUCACUAACUAAGGAACCAAAGAUGGACCAUCCGCCAAAAAGAUAUAUAUACGCAGAGUUGUCUUUGUAUAUAUGAUAUAUUUGGUUCAUUUAUUUCAUAUCAUUCAUAUUGGAUUCAGAUUAAUUUAGUAAUGUUUUUUCGAACCUUCAUAAUAAGAAAUUAGAAACUGAUAGAGUGUAAUAUAUUCUUGUAAAUAAUGUACAUAAAGAAAAUCAAUAUUAUUCAUGUAUAAUGGGCUAAAUGUGAUUUUUAACUUUUGCCAUUGUAAUCUGCAC